AGAACAAUAAAUACCCAGGAAUAUGAAAGUUUAUUAAACACUACUUAAGCACGAUGUUUAGAACUUUGUUUGCCUGCUAUUUGAUUUUUUGUGCCAACGGAGCGUCCGUUCAGCUGGAUGAACGUAUUAUUGGAGGACAUGAAAUUAGCAUAAAUGAAGCUCCAUACCAGGCAGGAAUAUUGCUGAAUGGCCAACAUAUUUGUGGAGCCGUAAUCAUAAGCUCAGCUUUUGUUCUAAGUGCUGCUCAUUGUAGUCUUCACUGUAAUGCAUUAUAUGUAUACAUCCGAGUUGGCUCAUCAAACGCCAACAGCGGAGGCUACGAGCAUGGGGCAACUCAGAUCAUCAACCACGCUAGCUACUAUUCAAAGCCUGUACCGAACCACGACAUAUCACUAAUCAGGGUGGGGAUACCGUUCGAGUACCUCCCCACGGUGAGGGCAAUCUCCUUGGCCAGCGAGGUGCCGGCGGCCGGAAGCAGCGUGGUGACGUCAGGCUGGGGAGCCACCUCGGAGGGGGGAGCCGUGUCCGACCAGCUGCUGCAGGUGCAGGUGGAAGUGGUCGACCAGGCGCAGUGCAACCACAGCUACUCGCACGAGAUCAAGGACACCAUGGUGUGCGCCGGGGUGUCGGGCGGCGGCAAGGGCACAUGCCUCACCGACUCGGGCGGCCCACUCGUGCAGGCCGGCAAACUGGUCGGCAUCGUCUCCUUCGGGUUCGGCUGCGCGCGCAAGGGCUACCCGGGCGUGUACGCCAGCGUGCCGUACUUCCGGCACUGGAUCAAGAUUCACGCCGGGGUCUGAUCGCCCCGUCGCGCUCAGUUUGAGGGCCAUAACCACGUCAAUUAUUACUAGAGACCUGAAAAAUUCGCGAGUUCAUUUCGCAAUGGACUGACACAAAAAAAAAAAAGUAUACCUUCGUACAGCUUCUGCGAUUGGGCCCACAUUUCAUCAGGGGAACUUCGGGCCAAUGGAAAAACCUAAACCAAGAAAGUUCCGAAUCAUGGAAAAAAAUUGGUUAAGACGUCUCACGAAUCAGCAGCCAAUGAACAGGUGUCAUUACCUCGAGUUUGUUAAGUACUGUGGAGUCUAUAAUAGAGGUCAAUGAACCCGCGAAUUUUUCUGGUCCCUAUGGCAAUUACUAUGGGAAAAAGAAACUAAAUUUUCAGUAGAAAUUUUCGUUGCUAUCUUUGGACUGACUUGUCUAUACAGAGGUGGUGAAUGUAAGUUUUGUACAUUAAUUUCACCAUAAAGCGAACACUUAAAUAUAUUUUUUUUUGUUCUGAAGUAGGUGCUUUCAAAUUUCAAAGACACUUAAACGACUAAAAUAGACCAAAUGUUUUAAAUAUUUAAUACUUCGCGAGUUAUUCCGGAGGAGUUCUGUAUUCACUGUAAAUUACUUAUAUCAAAUAAUAAUAAGAAACUUUACUAAGGAA